GUUCAGGUGCAUCGUAUGAAGCUGCCCAAUAGGAGAGCGGACGGGCGUUUAAGGGGAGCGGCUGCGGCGCGAGGCGGUACUCGCUCGUUUCGGCGGAGGCAGGAGGGCGUCUGCGAGGAGAGGCGCGAGUGGCCGCAGCUUCGGCUUUCCCUCAUCUCCGUGCCCAUGGCGCUGCCGGUCUCCCGCCGCGCCCCUGUCUCUAGAGAGGUGGAGAACGCUGUGAUUGAACUUAAAGGUAAAGCCAAAACUCACCUUCCUGGCAAAAGGGGUGCUUUGGAAGAAAUAGGGAAUAAAGUUGCAACGAGAGGAACACAUGCAACUAAGAAAACAGAAUGCCUCAAACCAUCCAUAAAGCCUAUGAAAGGACCUAGUAAGAUGACAAAUGUAACUGUACUGUCUAAACCUCCAUCUGCUGUGACUCAAUCACGCAAAGAAACUGCUGUUCCAAAGGUACUGUCUCCUGUCCCUAUGGAUGUAUCUAUGCAAGAGGAGGAUUUGUGCCAAGCCUUCUCUGAUGUUUUGCUCAACAAUGUAGAAGACAUUGAUGCUGAAGACUGGGAGAAUCCCCAGUUGUGUAGUGACUAUGUAAAAGAUAUCUAUCUGUAUCUGAGAGAGCUUGAGCUGCAGCAAUCGGUCCGCCCACGUUACCUUGAUGGGAAGACGAUCAAUGGGCGUAUGCGUGCAAUUUUAGUUGACUGGCUUGUCCAGGUCCACUCAAGAUUCCAGCUUUUGCAGGAAACACUGUAUAUGUGUGUUGCAGUUAUGGAUCGGUUCUUACAAAGUCAUCCAGUACCUCGUAAGAGGCUUCAGCUGGUUGGUGUAACAGCACUGCUUCUAGCUUCAAAAUAUGAAGAGAUGUUCUCUCCUGAUGUAGCAGACUUUGUUUACAUUACUGACAAUGCCUACACCAGUGAUGAAGUUAGAGAAAUGGAGAUUAUGAUUCUUAAAGAACUAAACUUCAAUUUGGGACGUCCUCUUCCAAUUCACUUCUUAAGAAGAGCAUCAAAAGCUGGGGAGGCUGAUGCUAAGCAACAUACACUAGCAAAAUACCUAAUGGAGCUGACGCUGAUAGACUAUGACAUGGUUCACCAUCGUCCUUCAGAGAUAGCAGCUGCUGCGUUAUGCUUGUCCCAAAAGAUUCUGGGAAAUAACAAAUGGGGUGCAAAGCAGCAGUACUACACUGGCUAUACAGAAGAGAGUCUUGCAAUGACUAUGAAACAUAUGGCCAAGAAUGUGGUCAAAGUAAAUGAGGAGUCAACAAAAUAUGCUGCUAUAAAGAAUAAGUAUGCAAGUGGUAAACUACUCAUGAUCAGCACAAUCCCUCAACUGAGCAGCGAGAUAAUCAAGGACCUGGCUUUAUCACUCUUAUGACAACCCUAGGCAGCCAAGUCCUGAUGGUAUAUGCACUUUGUCCUCACGUUCUUAUUGAGGCAAAACUACUGGUUUGUAUAUAGCAUUCCAGCCUUACUACAGACAUUUUGGACUCAUUCAGAAGGUGAAAUUUUAAACUUGCUUUGUACUACAACUCUACCUAGAAAUAAAGCUCUUUUUAAAAAAAAAAAAA